UGUCAUUUCGUUAGUUUCGGCGUUGACUGCAUUUUUUAAACUUCAACAACAGCCGCUGGUGCUACUACUGCUGUUGUUGUUGCUACUGUGGUGGUGGUGGUGAGAAGCCUCUCGUCUUGUUACAAAGUCGCGGCAGCCAUGUCUAGCAUUAAGCUGCAGAGCUCCGAUGGAGAGAUCUUUGAGGUGGACGUGGAGAUCGCAAAGCAAUCGGUGACCAUCAAGACCAUGCUUGAGGAUUUGGGUAUGGACGAAGAGGGCGAUGAAGACCCUGUCCCUCUGCCCAACGUCAACGCAGCCAUCCUCAAGAAGGUGAUCCAGUGGUGCACUCACCACAAGGACGACCCGCCUCCCCCGGAGGACGAUGAGAACAAGGAGAAACGCACCGAUGACAUCCCCGUGUGGGACCAGGAGUUCCUCAAGGUGGACCAGGGCACGCUGUUCGAACUCAUCCUGGCCGCUAACUACCUGGACAUCAAGGGUCUUCUGGACGUCACCUGCAAGACGGUGGCCAACAUGAUCAAGGGCAAGACCCCAGAGGAGAUCCGCAAGACGUUCAACAUCAAGAACGACUUCACAGAGGAGGAGGAACAACAGGUUCGCAAGGAGAACCAGUGGUGUGAGGAGAAGUGAGGGUGCAGAUCUCGGCUGCACGCACUCACCACUCACACUCACCACUCACCAAUCGCACUCACCACUCGCACUCACCACUCACCAAUCGCACUCACCACUCGUGCUCACCACUCACCAAUCGCACUCACCAAUCGCACUCACCACUCACCAAUCGCACUCACCACUCGUGCUCACCACUCACCAAUCGCACUCACCACUCACCACUCGUGCUCACCACUCACCAAUCGCACUCACCAAUCGCACUCACCAAUCGCACUCACCAAUCGCACUCACCAAUCGCACUCACCACUCACCAAUCGCACUCACCACUCGUGCUCACCACUCACCAAUCGCACUCACCACUCACCACUCGUGCUCACCACUCGUGCUCACCACUCACCAAUCGCACUCACCACUCACCACUCGUGCUCACCACUCGUGCUCACCACUCACCAAUCGCACUCACCACUCGUACUCACCAAUCGCACUCACCACUCACCAAUCGCACUCACCACUCGUGCUCACCACUCACCAAUCGCACUCACCAACAAUACCCUCUUUCCCUUUCGCGCUGGCUUAUAAGGGGAGGUGGAAUCCCUCCCCUCACCACCUCCCCCUCACCACCUCCCUCCCCUCACCACCUCCCUCCCCUCACCACCCCACCCACCCCUCACCACUCACCCCUCGCUGUUUGUGUUUAUCCCAGGCGACGACCUCCCAAACGCUCCUCACCUCAAGCUCAACAUCACCCUCACCCCUCUCUCACCACCCCCCCCUCUCUCUCCUUCACCCCUCACGCCGCUCACCUCUCUCGCUUGUCGCUCACCUCACACGGCUCACCACAUUGUCUAUUGCAACCCGAGAUGCCCUCCCACCUCCUCACCACCUCCUCCCUCACUCCUCUCACCUAUCCCUCGCCACACACCACACACUCCACACCACACUCACCACUCACUCGCCACACACUCACCACUCACUCGCCACUCACUCGCCACUCACUCACCACGCCACACACACCACACACUCACACACUCACCACUCACUCGCCACUCACUCACCACGCCACACACACCACACACUCACACACUCACCACUCACUCGCCACUCACUCACCACGCCACACACACCACACACUCACACACUCACCACUCACUCGCCACUCACUCACCACACCACACUCACCACACACUCGCCACUCACUCACCACGCCACACACACCACAACACAUCACACACUCGCCACACACUCACCACACCACUCACCACACCACACACCACACACACCACACUCGCCACAACACACUCGCCACACCACACACUCACCACACCACACUCGCCACACACUCACCACACCACACACUCACCACACCACACACUCACCACACCACACACCACACUCGCCACACCACACUCACCACACACUCGCCACACACACCACACCACACACUCACCACACACCACACACCACACCACACACACCACACUCGCCACGUGUAGAGACAGGUCAGGCAGAAAUCGUCUCUUACAUCAUAGAAGCGAGUCGCCGCCAGCUGUACCCGGGGGGUAGUCGCUCGCGUUGUCUCUGCUGCAUUGACCCCAGAAGAGGCUUGCGACGGUUCAUUGUGUGUGGUGGUGGUGGAGAUGGUGGUGGAGGUGGUGGAGAUGGUUAUGGUGGUGGUGGAGAUGGUGAGGGUGGAGAUGGUGGUGAAGGGGCUUGCGAUGAUUAAUUGUGUGUGGUGGAGGUGGUGGAGAUGGUUAUGGUGGUGGUGGUGAGGGUGGAGAUGGUGGUGGUGGUGGUGGUGGUGAAGGGGCUUGCGAUGAUUAAUUGUGUGUGGUGGAGGUGGUGGAGAUGGUUAUGGUGAUGGUGGUGAUGGUGGUGGUGGAGAUGGUGAUGGUGGUGAUGCUGGAGAUGGUGGUGGAGAUGUUGGUGGUGGAGAUGGUGGUGGUGAUGGUGGUGAUGCUGGAGAUGGUGGUGGAGAUGGUGGUGAUGGUGGUGGAGAUGGUGGUGGUGGUGGUGAUGCUGGAGAUGGUGGUGGUGGAGAUGUUGGUGGUGGAGAUGGUGGUGGUGGAGAUGUUGGUGGAGAUGGGGAUGGUGUUGGAGAUGUUGGAGAUGUUGGUGGUGAUGGUGGAGAUGGUGGUGGUGGUGGUGAUGCUGGAGAUGGUGGUGGUGGUGAUGGUGGAGAUGGUGAUGCUGGUGGUGAUGGUGGAGAUGGUGAUGCUGGUGUGACGCUGGUGGUUUAGGUCCCAACGGGGUUGUUUUGUCUCGGCCGUUUUAGUUGAUUUUUUUUGUCGUGUGGAGUUUGCAGUGCUGGAUCUUGUGGUUGUUGGCAUUGGGAGGAGACGCGGGAGGUGGUUUGUUGGGUGUUUGUUGGCUUUUGUGACACUUUUGGACCCCAGUUCCAUGGUGGAGGCGAAAUGAAACAAGUCGAUGGGGAGAGAGAGGGGAGAGUGGGGGGGGAGAGGGGGAAGGGGGGAGAGAAAGCGAACAAACUCCACUAGAACAGGGGGGUGAGUUAAUACAAACUCCACUUGAUAGCCCAGAGAGAGAGAUGAGAGCUAAGGGCGAUGCUGUCUGUACACAAAGCCGCUCAACUAACUCCCCCCGUGCUAGCGUGAUCCCCACACAGACCACCAACCCCCCCCCCCCCCCCCCCCCCCCCACCGUUCGCUAAAAGUGUUUAACCUCGUUAGGCUGCUCAGUGUAAUUAUUGUCGUUGUUCUUCUCUGUUCAGUAAAGAUUCCUUUUUGGAAAGACUCAAACCUC